CCCCCCCCAGAGUGCCCAGCGCGCUGUGUUUCAGCCCCGCCAUGGAGCAGCUGAGCGCAGCCAACUCCGCCUUCGCCUUGGACAUGUUCCACACCUUGAGUGAAGACAGCCCCUCUGGGAACCUCUUCUUCGCCCCCCUGAGCAUCUCCUCGGCGCUGGCCAUGAUCUCCCUGGGGACCAGAGGCAACACCCAAGCCCAGGUGUCCAAGUCUCUUCAUUUUGACGAGGUGGAGGACGUUCACUCCAGAUUUCAGACUCUGAACGCGGAUAUCAAUAAGCGGGACGUCUCCUAUGUCCUGAAACUGGCUAACAGGCUAUACGGAGAGAAAACCUAUAGCUUCCUCCCGGUAAGUGCUUUCCACCUCCUCCUGCUGCCCGAUGACAUAGAGGACGAGUCCACAGGGCUGGAGAAGAUUGAGCAACAGUUGACUCUGGAAAAGCUGCGUGAGUGGACCAAGCCUGAGAAUAUGGACCACAUGGAUGUCCAUGUGCACCUGCCCAAAUUCAAGCUGGAAGAGAGCUACAAUCUCAACUCCCAGCUGACGCGCCUGGGUGUCAAAGAUCUCUUUGUUCGUAAUGUGGCUGAUCUGUCAGGCAUGACCAAAACCAGAAAUAUAUUCAUAUCAAAAGUUGUCCACAAGGCCUUUGUGGAAGUGAAUGAGGAGGGCACAGAGGCCGCGGCCGCCACAGCAGGUGUUGCCAUGUUCUGCAUGCUGGUGCCAGAGGAAAAUUUCUGUGCCGACCACCCCUUCAUCUUCAUGAUCCGUCACAAUGCCUCUGGUAACAUCCUGUUCCUAGGGAGACUGUCUUCCCCCUAGAGACUGUACAAAUACAAGGUCAAACUUAGAGCUUUAUAUCUGACUUACAAUGCAGAUGUAACUUCAUCAAUAAAACGACUGUCUAAACUCAAUCUUUGAUUUCCUCUGUAAGGGCAAUUCUGUUGGGUCCUGACAUCCAUUUACUGUACCGGGGGCAUUGGUUUUACUCC